CCAGGCUGCCUCUGUAAGCAUGUUAGUACUGAAUGAGCUCCAGUGUUUGGCUUUGGUUUGACAAGUUUCCCUGCAUGAUCAUGGGGGUAGGAGUGAGCAGUUAGUUGACACACAAUAAAAAAGUUGCAGCUCACGUUGUUUCAGGUAGACUCUGGAUCGGACGUUUUGGCAAAUGUAGGGACGUGACAAGUGUUUCUCCUCUGAGCGAUUCUACAGCCAGUCAAGUCUACAUUGGAGCCACACACAAGAGUAAAGAUGAACAGCAUGUCUUUUGACGAUCCUUCGUUGGAUAACUUGGAUCCAACUCUAUCGCUUCAUGACCCGAAUGAUAUUGACACGGCUCUCCUAAGCGACAUUGAUGACAUGCUACAGCUCAUCAACAACCAGGACAUGGAGUUUGGAGGACUGUUUGAUAACCCCCCAUACACAGUGCCCCCUCCCACCCAAGAGCUUCCUGUAUUGACCCAGUCUAUCAUCUUACCUUCCCCUCCAACCACCACCACCACUUCUGUACCUCCACCUCCACCUUCCUCCUCCAUCCUAAGCAGUAGCCCCCACCUGGAUGCACUCCUGGGCCCUCCCAUCACCCGCAGCUCCUCCACCCCAGACAAGGCCUUCCAGCCUCCCACCUUUCAGCUGUCCCCCUUGGCCAAGGUACCCAACUCCACACAAAGGCUUCAGCCGGCCUCCCCCCCACAGGCCCAGGCCCUCAGACAGCCCCAGGUGGAGCAGCCACAACCCAUUCUCAGCCCGUCGGCCCCGUCAAAGGCAGCUUCACCUCAUGGAUCACCAACACCAAACCCAGCUUUCACCUCCACGCCCCAGGCCAUCUUCACUGCGCCAGCCCCCACAUCUCCUCCUCCGCCCCAGCCCCUGCCUCAGCUUCAGCCUCAGCCCCAGCUUCAGCCUCAGCCCCAGCAGCAGGCACUUCAUAUCCAGCCUCAGUCCCAACAGAUCCUGAUCAACUAUAGCACCGUGAACAGCUACACAACUGCCAGUCCCAGCAGUGUGAGCCAACCCACCACCAUCCUGUCAUCCUCGCCUCCAAGUGUUCAGCCAAUGACCAUCCAGGCUCAGCUCCAAGGGCUGACCGCCACGUCUCCCCUCAUGGCCACGUCAGUGAGCCCGCCGCUGCAAACCAUCGCACCCAACGUACAGCAAUUGCAGCAAGUACAGCAAGUGCAGCAAGUACAGCAAGUACAGCAAAUGCAGCAAAUGCAGCAAGUACCUGUGUUGCUGCAGCCGCAGUUCAUCAAGGCGGAGUCUCUGCUGCUGACCACUAUGGCUUCCUCCACCUCCCUGUCCAGCACCACCCCAGUACAGAGCACUUCACUGCAGCGGUCUUUGCCCUUCCAGGCCUUUAUGGGCGGUGGUACCAUCCUGACCACGGUGCCAGUCAUGAUGGACACUGAUAAGAUGCCCAUUAACCGCAUUGCCAUCAGCGGCAAGCAGUUUGGCGUGCCACACAAGGGAGAGAAGCGCACAGCCCACAAUGCAAUUGAGAAGCGUUACCGCUCCUCUAUUAAUGACAAAAUUCUCGAGCUCAAAGAUCUGGUGGCUGGUUCCGAGGCCAAGCUCAACAAGUCUGCAGUGCUGAGGAAAACCCUCGACUACAUCCGUUUCCUGCAGUCGACCAACCAGAAGCUCAAACAGGAGAACAUGGCGUUUAAAAUGGCAGCCCAGAAAAACAAGUCUCUCAAAGACCUGGUUGCCAUGGAGGUCGAUACACCGGCUGAUGUGAAGAAUGAGCUGCCCACCCCACCUGCUUCUGACGUGGGCUCCCCCACCUCUUUCUCUCACUGUAGCAGUGACUCAGAGCCCGACAGUCCGAUGGUGGAGGACACUAAGCAGCCUACUGUGGGCAUCGUGGACAAAUCCGCAGCAGGAGGCAGCGCUGGUGGCAUGUUGGACCGUUCUCGCAUGGCAUUGUGCGCCUUCACCUUCCUCUUCCUCUCUCUCAACCCUCUGGCUGCCCUGCUCUGCGCAUCCGGCAGCAGCUCAGCUGGAAGCUCAGCAGCCACACCUCACACAGGAAGGAGCGUCCUGGGUGUGGAUAUCGCAGCGGAGUCGUGGGGCUGGAUGGACUGGAUGCUGCCAACCUUACUGGUGUGGCUGGUGAACGGUGUUCUGGUGUCGGGGGUUCUGGUCCGACUGCUGGUGUAUGGAGAGCCUGUAACCAGACCACACUCUGGAUCCUCUGUGUUGUUCUGGAGGCACCGCAAGCAGGCUGACCUGGACCUGGCUAGAGGAGAUUUCGCCCAGGCCAGUCAGAAUCUGUGGACGUGUCUAAAGGCUCUUGGUCGUCCGUUACCCAUCUCCCAGUUGGACCUGGCCUGUUCUGCGCUCUGGUCCCUGCUAAGGUUCUGCCUCCAGCGCCUCUGGGUGGGCCGCUGGUUGGCUGCCAGGGCAGGAGGGCUGCGGUCUGACCGCCCGCUGAAGGAGGACGCCUGCAAAAGCAGCCGGGACGCCGCCCUGGUUUACCACCGCCUGCACCAGCUUCACAUGACAGGUAAGCUGAAUGGCAGCCACCUGUCAGCAGUGCACAUGGCACUGAGUGCAGUGAACCUGGCAGAGUGUGCUGGCUCCUGUCUGCCUGUAGCCAGUCUGGCUGAGGUCUACGUGUCCGCAGCUCUACGGGUCAAAGCCAGCAUGCCAAGGAUCCUGCAUUUUACUUCUCGUGUUUUCCUGAGCAGCGCCCGCCAGGCGUGCCUGUCGUCGAGCGGCAGCGUUCCUCCAGCUAUGCAGUGGCUGUGUCACCCUCUAGGUCAUCGCUUCUUUGUGGAUGGGGAUUGGGCUAUUCGCAGCACUCCUAAAGAAAGCAUCUACAGCCAGGCGGGCAAUACUGUGGAUCCUCUGGCCCAGGUGACUCAGGCUUUCAGGGAACACCUACUGGAGAAAGCUCUGUACUGUGUGGCUCAGCCUCACGGAGAGAAGAGUCCCGACCAGGGAGAAGGGGAGUAUGCUGAUGCCCUGGAGUAUCUCCAGCUGUUGAUAAGUGCAUCAGAUGCUGCUGGAGCCACCUCCCAGUCCUUUGCCAUCGGCUCCAAUAUGGCCACUGUGACCGGCUGCGACCCCCACUCCAAGUGGUGGUCCUCGGUUACCGUGGUGAUUAUCAAUUGGCUCCAAGGAGAUGACGCCGCAGCAGAGAGACUGUACCCAACUGUUGAGCACCUGCCGCGCAGCCUGCAGAACGCAGAGAGUCUCCUGCCCAAGGCGUGUCUGAACACAUUCAGGGCAGUGCGGGCUCUGCUGUCCAAACCUGAAAACUGCCAGCUGAGUCUGAGCUACAGCGACAAGGCCAGCGCUCUGCUUCGGGACAGCCUCAACCUCGGACCCCACUGCCACAGCUCCAGUUUAGACAAGGUUGUCCAGUUGCUCUUGUGUGAUCUCCUGUUGGUGAUGAGGACCAACGUGUGGCGCCUGCAGCAGCAGGGGGCCGGUCCUGCGGGGUCAGGGUUGGUGGGCACCAGCGGCCCUGCAGGGGUCCACCAGGCCUCCCCACCGGAGCUCCAAGGCUUUCAGCAAGAUCUCAGCUCCCUACGCAAACUGGCACACAGCUUCAGACCUGCCAUGCGGAGAUUGUUCCUUCAUGAAGCUACAGCCAGGCUGAUGGCGGGGGCCAGUCCCACCCGCACACAUCAGCUCCUGGAUCGCUCGCUGCGACGCAGGGCAACGACCGGAGCCAAAACAGAGGAGUGCGAGACGCGGCCGGGCCAGCGGGAGCAGGCGGAGGCUGUGAUGCUGGCGUGCCGCUACCUUCCCCCCUCCUUCCUUUCGGCCCCCGGCCAACGGGUGGGCAUGCUGGCAGACGCUGCCCGCACCCUGGAGAAGCUGGGAGACAAGAGGACCCUCCACGACUGCCAGCAAAUGAUCAUCAAGCUGGGCAGCGGCACUACUGUCACCAACAGCUAGAGAGCAGAAAGGUUGGGGAGGGGCUGAGAGACAUGUAUGGACACUGUAUAUAGAAACAUCUCUGAGAUACAAAAACACACAGACAAAAAAGAAAAUAUCAGCAGAGACACAGCCACACAUUCUCUGGCAUUUCUGGCGUGCAGCUAUUGAACAGAUUGACUUAACUAUCCAGAUUCAUAUCAAACUGACAGAUUUUUCUCAUGGACUGUCCCUGCCAACACCUAAUCCCCACAUCAGGACGCACUGUGUGUGUAGAGGUAACACUCUUGUUGCUAUGGAUUAUUACCAGAAUAAGAACAUUUUCGGUUGCAGUGCCACAGUUUGACCACAAUGAGGAGCCGUCACGUCCUCUAAGUAGACUGUUCAGUGUGAAUGAGUGAGUGUGUGAGUGUGUGUGUAUGUGUGUGUGAGAGUGAAGCAUGAAAGAGAUAUUUGCCCUGCACUUAUUCAGUCCCACCCCGAUCUUUUCGACAUAAAUGCACCUUAAGCAGGACUGCUCAGUGGGUUGGAGUGGCGGGCUGCUCUGAUUGGCCGCAGAGUGAGGCGUCAGUUGUUCGUUGAGGAAAGGGACUUGAUUGGUCCGCCCAUGGGCUCGUUCAGUGGGAAGCCACUCCGCCAGUUCACAAAGUGUUAAAGUUUAUUUGAAUCAAGUUUGACUUGAUGCCAGGAGAGGUGACCCACUGGACGCUCCAUGUGUCAAUCUGCACUAGCCCUGCAAGGCUGAUUUCAAUGAGAUAAAUAGAAAUGUGGCUUUAUGGAGUUAUUUUCAUAGAGAUCAUUAUUUGUUUUGCCGUGUACAUAUUUCAAAAUGUAUUUAUAAUCUGUAAGAAGUAUUUUACAAAGCAGAUUGAUAAUGCUUAUUUUCUUCCCCUAAACUGAGUUUAUUUGGUAGCUUUUCUCCAGGCCCAUAUAAUGGAGUUACUGUAAUGUGUUGCCAUGGCAAUGGGUGUCAAAAUCAAGUGCAAGUUAUUUGCGUCACAUCGUCUGACUCAAUUGACCUUUUGCACUGUUGCACACGUAUGCAGCUACGAUUUUUUUUUUCUUCAUAUUGGCAGCGUCCAAUUCUGGCAUCACAAAGAUUAAACACUAUAAAGUUGCAGAGGAACACUUUUGCAACAAGUUAUACAAUGAAGAACAUUUCAAAUGAUUCGUUUUUUAUCCAAAGAGGGCCUGUAGUGAAACUGGUUUUCCUUUUUAGCUCCAACACGAAGAGCCACACUUGCUCUUUCAGUCAUUAUAGUUAAAUGUUCCUAGAGAACCACACAUUGUUGUUGAUUUUUAAAGGACUGUAAGAAAAAGAAAAAAAUCGUUGGCAUGUGUUUUUGUUUCAGAACGAGUAUGUUUUUUAAAGUGUCACUAAUGUGAAAGACUGAAAGAUGAUGGAUUGAGAUGAAUGAGACAUAGCAAUGUCUAAAGGUGUUAUUCAUGUGUUCUUUAACUUUGAUAUAUUUUCAUCUCUUCCUUGUUCUUCGGUUUCAUCUCUUUAUGAUGUAAAUAUUAAAGCAUUUUGUAAGGAAGGAUUUACA